UCGGCUGCCGCCGCCCGGGCAGCUCGCACGGCCGCAGGGGCGCAGGGCGAUGUGGCCUCCGGCCAACGCGCCGGCCCCCCCGGAGGAUACCACGGCACCUGGCGGAGUCCCGGCCUAGCAUGGCCCGCGCGCUGCCCGACGUCGCCUCCGGCUAGGAUGGCCCCUCCGGCCCCGGCCGGCUCCCACCCCACCUCGGCCGAGCCGCUGUCCCGCAGCAUCUUCCGGAAGUUCUUGCUGAUGCUCUGCUCCCUGCUUACGUCCCUCUACGUCUUCUACUGCCUGGCCGAGCGCUGCCAGACCCUGUCGGGCCCCGUCGUGGGGCGGACGGGCGGUGGCAAGGAGGCGGGGGCCCCGGGUCGCGGCGUCCCGGCGGGAGGCGCGGGGGAGCCAGUGGCGUGGCCCGCGGUCGCGCGAAGGAAGCGCCUCCUGCAAAUGCAGCCGUGGCCGAGGCGCUGGCCGCCCGCGCCGCGGGAAGACAGCGAGGUGGCGGCCUGGGAAGAGGAGCCCCCUGGCCUGGCGGGGAGUCCCGGCGGCUCCGGGGCCGGGAGCAGCGUGGCCGAGACGCCGCCGGGGACCCUGGCCCUGCUGCUGGACGAAGGCAGCAAGCAGCUGCCGCAGGCCAUCAUCAUCGGCGUGAAGAAGGGCGGCACGCGGGCGCUGCUCGAGUUCCUGCGCGUGCACCCCGACGUGCGCGCCGUGGGCGCCGAGCCCCACUUCUUCGACCGCAGCUACGACAAGGGCCUCGCCUGGUACCGGGACCUGAUGCCGAGGACCCUGGAGGGGCAGAUCACCAUGGAGAAGACGCCCAGCUACUUUGUGACGCGCGAGGCGCCCGCGCGCAUCUCGGCCAUGUCCAAGGACACCAAGCUCCUGGUGGUGGUGCGGGACCCGGUGACCAGGGCCGUCUCGGACUACACGCAGACGCUGUCCAAGCGGCCCGACAUCCCCAGCUUCGAGAGCCUGGCCUUCAGGAACCGGACGGCGGGCCUCGUGGACCGGGCGUGGAGCGCCAUCCAGAUCGGCCUGUACGCCGAGCACCUGGAGCGCUGGCUGCGUCACUUCCCCGCCCGCCAGCUGCUCUUCGUGAGCGGCGAGCGGCUGGUGCGCGACCCGGCCGGCGAGCUGGGCCGCGUGCAGGACUUCCUGGGCCUCAAGCGCAUCAUCUCCGACAAGCACUUCUAUUUCAACCAGACCAAGGGCUUCCCCUGCCUCAAGAAGGCCGAGGGCAGCGGCCGCCCUCACUGCCUGGGCAAGACCAAGGGCAGACCCCACCCCGAGAUCGACGGCCAGGUCCUGCGGCGGCUGCGCGACUUCUACCGGCCCUUCAACCGCAAGUUCUACCAGAUGACGGGCCACGACUUCGGCUGGGACGGAUAACCUUAUAAUUUAAAAA